CUCUUUUCCUUUGAUUCAAUGCAAUAGAGGGCCUGGACCUGGACAACAUUGUUGUCAGUUGUUCGUCCUGUAAUUCAUUAGACAGUACCCAUCAGUGGAAAUCAGCAAGCACUCAGUUGUGUGGUGAUGAUGAAGUCUGGGUGAAACCCAGGCUGUGACCAGAUCAAUGCUAGCCCGCAGGAGAAGAACCAACUCGGGCUCUGACAACCAGCAGGUUUCACCGGCAGCUAACUACACAGGCCAACAGUCUUUCCAGGGUCAAGGGCAAGCUUACGGUAGUGGCUCAAGAGGAAGUCACCGCAACACUUCACUGUCUCCAUCACCUUCACGUCCUCCUCCUCCUUCACAACCACUCAUUGACCCAGACAUGACUUGCCGCGAUCGUUCGAACGAGUUUAUGUCUGUUGUGAAGUCACUUCAGUCUAGACAGGGAAAUGGUGCUGUACCGAACCACAGAAACAGGGCUUUACACCAGCGUUCUGAGUUCACACAGAUUGCGAAGCGCAUUGGCAAAGACCUCGCAAAUACAUUUGCUAAAUUAGAAAAGCUCACAAUAUUGGCCAAAAGGAAAGCCUUGUUUGACGACAAGCCUCUCGAGAUACAGGAGCUGACAUAUAUCAUCAAGCAGGACAUCAACAGCCUCAAUGAACAGAUUGCUCAACUACAGCAGUUGGCCAGGUCACAGAAAGCUCAGAAUGGCAAACACAUCCAGACACAUUCCAACACAGUCGUGGUGGCCCUUCAGUCAAAACUGGCUACCAUGUCAAACGACUUUAGACAAGUGCUGGAAGUGAGGACAGAGAAUUUGAAACAUCAAAAGUCGAGGAGAGAGCAGUUCUCUCAUGCGGGUGUUACAUCAUCACUACCACCAUCUGCAUACCAAGGACAUAUGAAUGGCUCUGUGCUGCUCCAAGAUGAUGCCAGUCACACGAGCAAUGGAGAUGUAGCCAUUGACAUGGAGGGGGCAGCCAGGGGUAGUCAGCUACAGAACCAGAUGCAGAUCAUUGAUGAGCAAGACCAGUAUAUUGAGAGUCGAGCAGAGACUAUGAAAAACAUUGAGACGACUAUCGUUGAGCUGGGCUCAAUAUUUCAACAGUUGGCUCAUAUGGUUAAGGAGCAAGAAGAAAUUGUUGGCAGAAUUGAUAAUAAUGUUGAGGAUGCAAGUCAGAAUAUUGAAGCGGCCCAUACAGAGAUUCUCAAGUAUUUCCAGUCCGUCUCAUCAAAUCGAUGGCUGAUGAUUAAGAUCUUUGGAGUACUAAUGGUUUUUUUCAUUAUUUUUGUUGUUUUCAUGGCUUAAGGUUGUUUCCUUUGACUUUUCUGCUUUAACAUUGGAACAUUUGGGGUAUAAUAAUAAUAGCAGCUUUUCAACUCACUUGUUGUUAUGGCAUGACAAAAAGGUUAGUCAUUCAUGCAUGUGAUCGGUGGUAUAUAUGAAUAAUUAUGUUUUUGUCUGGUGUGUAUUUAGAAAGGGUAUCAGGAUGACAGUGUUGUCUACCUGUUGAAUUUAGAACUAUACAAAGAUUGCCCUCAAUCCAAGGUCCGAUUUGUCUUAAGAAUCUGUGAGAGCAUUUUGUGCAGGCUACUGUAAAUGAAGAGAGAAAGGCCUUGCAAUGUGAUAACAGAAUGAGUGAUGUAGGGCUUCAACUCCAAAGCCACGUCUUAUCCUGCCAGCUCCUAAGAUUGCUACCUGGUUCUUUCCAUUAUGCAAGCUAUUCAGUUUUCAAUGCUCCUCAGAAAUGUGCUUGCUGACAGCAUCUUUGUUAA